GCAGUUGGGUGAAGCAAUUUUAUAAAACGACAUCAUUGCAAGCGGAGAUUUUGGCCCAUGAACUGGGCCACAAUUUCGGACUUAAUCACAACCCGACUGAUGUAAACGACUCCUGUCGUUGUCCCUCUGGUGAACAUUGUAUCAUGGAUGCUGCCAUCAACUCCUCUUUGUCUGCUACAGGGUUUACAGACUGUCAAAAGGCAUCCAUAAGAAAUUUUAUGGAACACGGGAACUCGAUGUGUUUGCACAAUGAGCCUGUGCAACAGAUAGACGCCCCCUUCUGUGGGGACUACAUUGUCAACACAGAGGAAGGGGAGGAGUGUGAUUGUGGGGGAGUGGACACGUGCGAUGACCCCUGCUGUCACCCUCACAACUGUACCCUUGUACCAGGAAAUUGCAUGCCCCAAUUUUUUGUAAUCCGCCAGAGCUAUCCAGGUGCAUCAUGUUCGGCCAUGGAUCUCUGCUGCAACCCUGCAACCUGUCAAGUUCGCAGUGCUGGAAUCGUCUGUCGAGCCGAGAGCAACGACUGCGACGUAGCCGAACAGUGCAAUGGAACCAGCGCCGAGUGUCCGAAUGACGACUACAAGAGAGCGGGCACACAUUGCACUGCAGAUGGAGCAUCGGGACACUGCUACGCGGGAAGUUGUCGAUCUGUUUACUCUCAAUGUCUACA